AUGGAAUUCUCGGACGUGACGAUCGUGAUUGGCGCGGUCUUGGUCAACCGCAUGAUGCUGCCGGCCUGUGUCGUGGGAAGCGACAUCCUCCCUGCUGACUGCUGCUGGUUAUCGACCCACACCAACAACGCGCGAGAUUUUUGCUAUAUGCCUCCCUCAAGGACUCUUGCAGCUACAAAUCGAAUUUUCACGCGCCCUGGAACGAGCCCU